CGCCGUUGGCGCAGGUUAAGCCACUGCGGCUCUCCCGGGGGCGCAAGAUUGCGGAUAUCCCUUCUAUACUCUUGCCCGUCGCACGCCUCCGCCGCUCUCCAAGCUCGGAUUUUUGUGAAUUAGAUAUCGGUUAUCGGCGAUAUCGGGCGUCGUAUCGGGAGGGAGGGGGAGAGGAUGUCUUCGUCCGCGGCGGUCAAGGGGAGCGGCGGCGGGGGGAAGGGGAAGGCGGUGGUCUCGUCGGAGAGGGCGAAGAAGGUGGAUGGAUCGGGGAAGGCGGUCUCGAUCUCCAAGCAGAAAGCUGUGACUGUCGCCUCCAAACAGGGGGUGAAAGAAAAAUCGUCAUCAACUUCUGCGAGAACUGUUGCCAAAACAAUCAAAACAACGGCUGUCAAAGUGAGGGCUCAGAAGAAAGUCUAUUCCUUGGCCGGCCAGAAGUAUGAUCCUCCUGAAGAGAGAGAACCCUUGCGGAUAUUUUAUGAAUCCUUAUCAAAGCAGAUUCCAUCAAGUGAAAUGGCAGAGUUCUGGAGAUGGCGUGGCGGAGCAGCGAGGGUGGCGAUGCGGCGAGGGCGACGGCGGCACGGCAUGCGGACGAAGAAGACGAACAGGAUGAUGGAACAUGGCCUGCUAUCCCCUGAACGUGCAAAGAAAGCAUAUGAGAGAAAGCAGAAGAGGCAGCAGCAACUGCGAAUGGGCACUCCUAUCAAAUCCACAAAGCAAGAGAGACCAGAGAGCUCAAAGAAACCACAGGUAUCGAAGAAUGGAGAUGUCAAGGCAAAGAAAAGAGUCAAUUACGAUGAUGAUGACUUUAUUGUGAAACAAAAGAAGUCAAGGGGAUAAUGUGAGCUCAAUAUAGUUGUUAAGCCAUAUUUUCAAGACAUAACAACGGAAGAAGCUGCUAUGUUCGAACUUCUAGUUGCCAAAAGAAGUGACUAAAGUCGGUAUUAAGAAGAGGCAACAAGCAUUGUGAUUGAGCUCCACAUGUUUAACUCACUGUAAUGUAACGAAUAUAUGAACAUUCUUUAUAUGCUUCAAUUUGAUAUACAAUAAGAUGACAAUUGUAGUUCUUGUUGAUCAAGUACAUUUUGCUUAUGAAUGUGUUUCAAAUGAUA